UUUUAUGGUUGAACAAUGCAGCCAGAGAUACCGUUUCUUCCUGUUUUUGCCUCAAUGAAGCGGCUUGCACGCUACAACCUAGGAUCUGUGGCUCUUGGUUCACUCAUUGUCUCUUUUGUUGAGUCUGUUCGGUUCAUUCUCGAAGCAAUUCGUCGUAGAACAAAAGUAAGCGGGACCACACCUGAUCACUGGUUUUGGAGAAUGGCUCAUUACACUUCACGUGGUUGUCUCAAAAGCGUGGAGUGGACCAUCAAAUCGGUUAACCGUAAUGCCUACAUAAUGAUUGCUAUAACAGGGAAAAGCUUCUGCAAAUCGUCUGCAAUAGCGACAGAGCUGAUCAUAAGCAACAUUCUGAGGAUAGGGAAAGUUAAUGUGAUAGGAGAUGUAAUACUGUUUCUAGGACAGCUUUGUGCAUGUUGGGCAUUGGGGUAUAUUGUGGCAACACUUUUCUUUCCGGUGCUUGAGAUGUCGAUAGACACAAUCAUUCUCUCCUUCUGUCAAGACUCAGAGGAGAAUCAAGGGAAUGCUCAGCACGCGCCACCUCUUCUGCUUGAAACUUUAGAUAGCAAUCAAGAGGAAGAGGUUCAGAGACUUACCCACUGA